AUGCCUGCCCCGGCCCUGGCCGCUGAGCGGCCAGCUCGAGAGCAGGGACAGGAGAGCCUUUGCCGUAGUUUAUCAUCAGCUGCUAUCGGCCAGGCAGCUUAUAAACAACAGAACUGGAAUUCCCACCGUUCUGGAGGCUGGAGGCCCCAGGGCCAGGCGCUGGCAGAUCUGAGUCAGGCUUUCGCCAACCCCGAGGAUGCCCUGAGGCACGGGGGCCCCCAGUAUUGCCGGGAUGACCAUGACGUGGACCGCUGCCUCAGAGCCCACCGGAACGACAUGUAGACCAUCUACCCGUUCCUGUUCCUGGGGCUGGUCUACUCCUUCCUGCAGCCCAACCCCUUGGUGGCCCGGGUGCACUUCCUGCUCGUCUUCCUGGGCCGCGUGGUGCACACCGUCGCCUACCUGGGGAAGCUGCGCGCGCCCAUCCGCUCCCUGGCCUACACGCUGGCCCAGCUGCCCUGCGCCUCCAUGGCCCUGCAGAUCGUCUGGGAGGCAGCCCGCCACCUGUGACCGGCAGCGGACACCUCCGCGCCAGCCGCUGGCCGCCAGCCACCGGGGCCCGGACUUGGGGAACCGGGCGUCCCUUCGAGAUGGGGAUGGGCCCCGGGCCUGGCUUCCGGCAGCCUGCUGGGCGUGGGCUCCUGGCCCAGUGGCCCGUGUGUGUGUCCCUUGGAUUCCUGGGUGAAGUGGCCAAUUGACACUGUUUGGAGACGGCUGUCAAGAUUGAUAGUUGCUCAGCCGGCGUGGCUCAGUGAUUGAGCAUCAGUCUCUGAACCAGGAGGUCACGGUUCGAUUCCCGGUCAGGGCACAUGCCCGGGUUGCUGGUUCGAUCCCCAGUGGGGGGCGUGCAGGAGGCAGCCGAUCAAUGAUUCUCUCUCAUCAUUGGUUUUCUAUC